CCCGGGUCAACCCGACCCGACCGGUUACAGAACUCUAUCUAAUGUGUAAUGUUCCAAACCCAGUCACUCUCGAAAAAACAGAUAAGGCAUACGGUGUCUAUCGCAACCGAGAAGACUCCGUAGUUAUACACCAUGGCCUCCCAAGUUCUUCCUCAGGCACUGCAUAUGAUUCCAAGAAACCAAGUACAGCCAUUUAACCCAGUGAAGAAUCGUGGGUUCUCUGCAUUUCUGUCUCGUGGCCCUUCUCCAUUAACUACUUCCAAGGUUUCGGUUUCUGGGUUUCAUUCAAAAGUCCCUGUUGGGUCGAGUUUCAGUUGUUUUGCUCGAAGGGGUUUCGUUGUGAGGGCAGAAUCUAACCCUGAAGGUGAAGGUGAAGCUGAAAGAAAUGAAAAUGGUGUUGAAGAACCCGAAACGAAAGCUGAAGCUGAAGUUGAAGGUGAAGGUGAAGGUGAAGGAGAAGAUGAGGCUGAAGAAGAAAAACCCAAGGAGCCUAGAAAACCAAGGAUUAAGCUUGGUGAUAUUAUGGGGAUAUUGAAUAAAAGAGCAAUUGAAGCAUCAGAUAAGGAAAGGCCAACUCCGGACCUUAGGACCGGUGAUAUCGUAGAGAUCAAAUUGGAAGUUCCAGAAAAUAGACGUAGGCUUUCUGUGUACAAAGGUAUAGUCAUAUCAAAACAAAAUGCCGGUAUCCACACCACCAUUCGAAUUCGGAGAAUCAUUGCUGGCAUUGGAGUUGAGAUUGUAUUCCCUGUUUACUCGCCGAACAUAAAGGAAAUUAAAGUAGUCAAACACCGGAAAGUCCGGAGGGCGAGGCUGUAUUAUCUAAGAGAUAAGCUUCCAAGGUUGUCGACUUUCAAAUGAAAGACACUGCCGAUGCCAUCAUCACUUGGGUUCUUCUUCCCCAAAAAUUCCAACACCAGUUUCUUAGUUGCGUACAUGUUGUAAGAGCUUUAAUUUCUAUGAUCCGCCCCCGCCCCCUUUUUUCCCCUUUUGUUGUAAAAUUUGUUGUUUUGAUUUGGGAAAAAAAACAACUGAAUUCAAAUAUUCAAUGCUUUGCUUAAUUCAUUUCAAUCUGCUACUUUGACGAUUCAA